UUCUGUCACGACUAGCAGGGGGAAGGCGUCCGGGACGCUCCCGACACGUCGCCCUGACCGGCGCGCAAAGGUCGCACGGCUCCUAAUGCCCGGGAGGGAGCGACCUCGCCUCCGAGGACGAACGGACGGAUGCCUGGCCGGCCGACGGGAAUCGAGACUCCGCGUCAGGCUGCGUCCUCCGGAUGAUGUCGAUGACGACGACGACUCUUACGUGACUGUCUAAUCACCAGCAUUUUUCUACUUUGGAACUCCUGCCAUUGAUGUUGCUAAACGUCCAAUCCAUUUAAGUUUAAAUGGAUUGGACGUCUUACUAGUGACAAACUCAUUGUUAAGAAUGUGCAUCUUGGCCAGUGGAACUUUUUUAGGCUGCCAUAGAUGGUAUGAGACGUCUAAUCAAAUUUGAAGUGGGACAAUUGGCAGUGAAUCAACAUUUUUGCUGUCAGUCCUCCCACUUAAAAUUGGACAUCUGUGAUUUGGAGUGCUAAUGAAGUUUUUAAGAGCGAUGUGACUGGUGCUGACAUUGGUGGGGGAAAAAAAUCCAGAUUGUACAAAAUGCUUUGGAUUUCUUUGUUUGCAAGUGAAGUAUUUUGUAUUGUACACUGACUUAUUUUUCUAAUAAACUUGGGAAAGUUUAUUACCCUUUACCAAGAAAGGAGGAACGUGGGUAAAGCUAACUUUUGGGGGACCCUAUAGUUCCGUGUGAAACAUUUUCUAGUGUCGUGUGAAAAUUUUGUAUGGAAGUAUAAAAACAUGACGUCAGGUGUUGGGAUAGUCGUGUGAAAUUUUUUUCAGUGUCGUGUGAAAAUUUUUGGAAGUAGGAAGCAUGACAACAGAGACCACUAAAGUAUGCUUUACCUCAAAAAGUUCAUCCCGUUGAUUUUAAGUGUCACCUAUGGGUUGCCAUGUUUUUGUUUGGAAAAAAAAAAAAGACAUAUUUUGAAACGGCGUUCCAGCGGAAGCCGGAAGAGUGGAAUCGGAUUAAGCUGGCAAAACAAACCUUACGAACAAUUCCGUCUUGUGUCACUCGUUCGUCGACUUUCGUCAUGUUUCGGUGACGCUAACGAUGGCCGUGUUUCCGGUUUUGUCGUGAGCAAAGCCGACAGACGGCGGAAAGUUAGCCUGCUUUGGAAUUUCGGCGGCCAAGAUGGAAGGCGGCGGCGUCUCGGCUUUAUGGCGAAGAACCGGGCUGCCAGCGCUUUGCUUUCGGGCUCGUCAGUAUCCGCUCAUCUGCUGCCUGCUCGCCGCCAUGUUGGCCGCCUCCGUCCUGCUCCUGCUCAACAGGUACAUCCACGUCCUGAUGGGGUUGUGGUCCUUGGCGGCGGGCGCGCUCACCUUUUACUGGACUCUGGAACCAGACUCGCUGCUGCCCAACGUCUUGUUCGCUACUCAGUCUCCAAGCAAAGGGCAGGAGUUGUUUUCUUUGGGUGGCAGCUGCGCCGUCUGCGGGAAGGUCAAGUGCAAGCGCCAUCGUCCGACAUUGCUGCUGGAGAACUUCCAGCCGUGGUUGGGACUUCAUGUUCACUCCAAGGUGGACGCUGCCAUUGCAGAGGUGUUCGAGCUAGUCCUGGAGAACUUUGUGUAUCCGUGGUACCGGGACAUCACGGACGACGAGGCGUGCGUGGACCAACUCCGUUUGAGUUUCCGCUACAUGGCGUCCGCGUUGGUGCGCCGGGCUCAGAAGGUGGACCUCCCCGGCGCUUUCGCGGGUCGCGUGAUGAAAGCCGCCGUCAAGCACGUGGAGGUUCUCGCCAGGGCUCGCGCUCGAGUCUGCCCAGGUGUGACGCUGCAGCAGGCGGCUCUGGAGGAAUACGGCGCCGACCUCCACGUGGCCACGCGUUGCCGGCGGGACGAGCUGCUCUACCUCCGCAAACUCAGCGAGAUGCUCUUCCCAUACUUGAUGCCCCCGAAAGCUACGGAGUGCAGGUCGCUGGCGCUGCUACUACGGGAGGUGAUGUCUGGUUCCGUCAUGCUGCCCGCCAUGGACUUCGCGGCCGACCCAGACACUGUCAACUUGAUGGUGUUGAAGUUUGUCGACAACACCCCGCCCGAAGCCGCCACCGAAGCGCCAUCCGCCUGUGUUCCUUUCCUGCACAAAUACGCAGACCGCAGCGGCGACAAGCCCUCCGUUCUCAAGUUGGAGCUGAAGGAGAUCCGAGAGCAGCAGGACCUUCUGUUCCGCUUCAUCAACUUCCUGAAGCAGGAGGGCGCCGUGCACGUGCUUCAGUUCUGCCUGGCCGCGGAGGAGCUCAACGACAAGAUCUUGAGGCCGGAGCUGUGCGACUCGGAGCUGCGGCGUCUGCAUGGCGAGGUGGCGCACAUCUACCGGACGUACUGCGCGGACGACAGCGUGGACAAGAUCAAUUUAGACGGCUCCAUUGUCGAAGAUAUCAGAAACGUUGCCUUGGGCCCGUACCAGGCGGUGAUCAAGCUGCAGACGUCCCGCUGCCUUUUCGAAGCCUACGAGCAUGUCCUGUCUCUCCUGGAGAAUGUCUUUACGCCCAUGUUCUGCCACAGCGACGAGUAUUUCAGACACCUGCUGAAAGGAGCCGAGUCGCCGUCCAGGAGUUCGCGCUCGGGCAGGAACACCUCCAAGCGCGGCGAGUCCUUUCGGAUCGGUAGGAUCGGCAGUAAAAUCAAAGGCGUGUUCAGGAACGCCACCGUGGACGGCGCCGUCCUGCCGCCCGGCGUCACCACCGACGAUGACGCGGUGGAAGAGGCCACGGCGGUAACCGAGGACGCGGCGCCCGCCGCUCCCGUCUCCACGGGGGGCGGCCUAAGGAAGCUGUCUGCCUGGACCGUCACCAUUCCGUACGUGGAUUUGGACGACGACGACACCAAGAGGGAGAGGAUUCCUGUCUUCUGCAUCGAUGUGGAGCGUAAAGACAGAAAGGAAGUGGGACACGAUCCCGACAGGUGGUCGGUCCACAGAAGAUACCUGGAGUUCUACGUGCUGGAGUCCAAGCUGACCGAGUUUCACGGCGCUUUCGCCGACACGCAGCUGCCCCCCAAACGCAUCCUCGGCCCCAAGAACCACGAGUUUCUUACCUCCAAGAGGGAAGACUUUGAGGGCUACUUACAGAAGCUCCUGCGCUAUCCGGAGCUGAGCAACAGUCAGCUGCUGGCCGACUUCCUGUCCCCUCACAGCGAGGAGUCGCAGUUUGCGGACAGGAUACUUCCCGACGUCAACUUGGGCAAAAUUUUCAAGUCUGUUCCAGGGAAGUUGAUGAAGGAGAAAGGUCAGAAUCUGGAGCCCUUUCUCCAGUCCUUUUUCAACUCCUGUGAGUCUCCCAAAGCCAAACCCGGGCGGGGGGAUCUGACGGCGGUCAGCUCCGGCGCCCGCACCGACAAACGGCUCCUCAACAGAAUCUUCGGGGACGGCAGCGUUGACGAGGCGGCCCUCGCCCAGAGACCGGACCGCCACGCGGAGGAGCCGGUCGGCGUGGAAGGCGCGUACGACCACGUGACGCACGUGGGACGACUGGUGUUCGGCGCGCCGCAUUGGUUGCAUCGCUUCUUGUCGGCCGGCAGGAUCCUCCUGAAGGAUACCUUUGACGCCUACGUGGAGCAGUACCUGCGCAACAAGCUGGACGCCGUCCUGCAGGAGCACCGCCUCGUCUCGCUCAUCACCCAGCUACGAGACGCCAUCUUCUACGAAAGCGCGGAGGAGCGCAGCGCGGUGGCCAAGAAGGCACGGGCCGAGCUGACUUUGGAGGAGAUGACGGCGUAUCUGCCCGACGUGGUGGGCGUGUUCGUGGGCGAGGAGGCCAAAUGCGAGGGCGUCAGGCUCCUCUUUGAGGGUCUUCAGCAGCCGCUCCUCAACAAGCAGAUGUCCUACGUGUUGCUGGACCUGGCCGUGCUGGAGAUCUUCCCUGAACUGCGUUAAUAAAGACUCUCACCAAGGCUGCCGUCAGAAAAAGCAUUUCCGUGCACAUCGUUCGGACCAAAUCAGUAGCGCGGGAAGUGGGGUGCUGCAGGAUGUUAAACCGAGGCUUAUUGGACCUUUUAGUUUUCAAAUGUGCUCAUGUGUCAUUGCGCCGUCUAGCUGCAGGGAUUUGUAUUACAAUACAUGGGCGCUUUUAUUUCCAAUACAAAAACUCCAACACACACUGUAGGUGAAAUAGAAAGCUGUCUUUAUAGUACCCUAGUAGAAGUGCUUGCCAAAAGUAUUGGCACCCCUGCAAUUCUGUCAGAUAAUGCUAAUUUUCUCCCAGAAAAUGAUUGCAUUUACAAAUGCUUUAGUAGUAAUAUCUUCAUUUAUUUUGCUUGCAGUGAAAAAACCCAAAAGAGAAUGUCUUCAUUGGCCAACUGCUCCAGGUCUUUGAGAUUUGAAGGGUGCCAUUUUCAGAUCUCUCCACUGGUGUUCUAUGAGAUUUAAGUCUGGACACAUUGCUGGCUACUUUAGAAGUCUCCAGUGCUUUCUAUCAAGCAAUUUUCUAGUGCGUUUUGAAGUGUAUUUUGGGUCAUUGUCCUGCUGGAAGACCCAUGACCUCUAAGGGAGACACAGCUUUCUCACACUGGGCCCUGCAAAAUUUGUUGGUAGUCUUCAGACUUCAUAAUGCCAUGCACACAGUCAAGCAGUCCAGUGCCAGAGUUAGCAAAGCAACCCCAAAACAUCAGGGAACCUCCACUAUGUUUGACUGUGUGGACCGUGUUCUUUUCUUUGAAGGCCUCGGAUUUUCCCUGUAAACUCCAUGUUGAUGCCUUUUCCCAAAAACCUCUACUUUUGUCUCAUCUGACCAGAGAACAUUCAUCCAAAACAUUUUUGGCUUUCUCAGGUAAGUUUUAGCAAAACUGGCUUUUGUAUGUCUCUGGGUCAGAAGUGGGGUCUUCCUGGGUAUCCUACUGUCAAGUUCAAAUAUGAAUCCUUAGGUAGACAUUUAUAAUAUUACCCAAAAUAAGAACGCACUCAAUUUAGUUGAAAAGCUUGCAAGGAGAAGGAGGAAGCUAUACAAUGGAUUACAAAAUACAGCUUCCGCAAUCGUUCUAACCAGCCCCCCUCCACCUCGCUUAUUAUUUGGGAUAGCCCUAGCAACAGACAGGUGUCUUGCCCUAAAAGGGGAAGUGGAAGCAAGCUAGUGACACCCCUUGUAAUUGUUUGGCUAUGUGUGUGCAUGUAGGUGGAAUUAUAUACAUGUGUGUCAGCACAUUUCAGAAAAGCAAAGCUGCAUCUUUUGGCUCUGUCCUUGAACAAGAGGCCUCUUCAAGUCUUCAAAACAUUCCUUCUUUGUAAGCAACAAUAAGCAGAAGCAUUUCUUCAUUGCGAGCAGCAAUUGAUUUCAGCAAAUAUAUAAGAAUUAUCUCCUGAAAUACAUUUCAUGAAGCAACAGCAUUUGGCAAGGAAUAAAAUGCAAAAAUACGAUUUCCUAAAUGUUCUAGUUUGGUUA